CCGUCCUUAGCCCCGCCCAGUUACUUCCGACUCCACCCCCCAGCCCCGCCCAUGCCACGCCUCCAUCCGGGAGAGGCCGUGUCACGAGUGGGGGCGGGGCAGUGAUCGCACAGCCAUGGCAGUGUUGGGGUACUGGGACAUCCGCGGGCUCGCCCACGCCAUCCGCCUGCUCCUGGAGUACACAGAGACACCCUAUGAGGACAAGCUCUACAGCUGUGGGGAAGCUCCCGACUAUGAUAAGAGCCAAUGGAUCAACGAGAAGGAGAAGCUGGGGCUGGACUUUCCCAACCUGCCCUACUUCAUCGAUGGCCCCACCAAACUGACCCAGAGCAACGCCAUCCUGCGCUACAUCGCCCGCAAGCACAACAUGUGUGGUGAGACAGAGGAGGAGACCCUGCGUGUGGACAUGCUGGAGAACCAGAUCAUGGAUUUCCGCAUGAGCCUUGUCAUGGUCUGCUACAACCCUGACUUUGAGAAGCUCAAGCCGGGCUACCUGGAGCAGCUCCCAGGGAAGCUGAAGCUCUUCUCCAACUUCUUGGGGGACAGAAAGUGGUUUGCAGGGGAGAAGCUGACCUUCGUGGACUUCCUCAUGUUCGACGUGCUGGAUCAGAACCGCAUCUUUGAGCCCAAGUGCCUGGAGCCCUUCAAGAACCUCAAGGACUUCAUGGAGCGCUUUGGGGCUCUGGAGAAGGUGGCUGCUUACUUGAAGUCCAGCCGUUUCCAGAAGAUGCCCAUCAACAACAAGAUGGCCAAGUGGGGCAACAAGAAGGUGUAGGAGCUCAGCAUGGGGCUCAGAGGGUGGGGGGAGUCCUAACCCAGCCCCUCCAGCACUCUCUGUCUUUGGGGGGGACAACACCACUGGCAUGAUGCCUCCCAAGACAAUAAAGUGCUUUUUAGAUAUGGCA